AUGGAUGAAGAUUCGACUUUCAUUCGUAUGUUGGCUAUUGUACCAGCUCAUAGAUCGCCCCAGGAGAAUGCCUUCAUAUUUGGUUAUCUUCGUACAAUUGAAGGGUUGAAUCUUUCUGGCCCAUCAUCAGCAUAUCGAGAUGAUGAACUACGCGCAAUCAGUCGUUACGCACGUUAUCGUCGUGUUCCAGGCGAUAUGUUGUUGUAUCACACUGGUGAAUGGUGUGAUUCUUGGUUUAUUUUGAUAAGCGGAUCAGUAUUAAUUGAAAGUUCCAUGUUCUUGCCUCGAUCAUAUUUUGGAACCCGUACAAAUGGAAAUUUUUAUCGCCGUAAUGACUGUCUUGUCCUCGAACCAUCUGAUCUUGUUGUGAUCGAUUAUUUGGACAAUCAUAGUUUACCCAUAUCAUUUACUAAUACGUACCAUCUGGCAGUGGCUCCGUCCAAGCAUAGGCAUUCUUUAGAUCGUGCACCGGUCUCAUUCAUUGAUGAUGAUACUUCACGUGAAAUUUUAUCAAAUGAUCGUUAUUUGGAAUCGUCUCAUAGUAUCAGCUCGUCAUUAAAAAUCUCAUCUUUUCUGAAUUCUGACCAAAGUACGCUCCAUAGACGUGCUACCAGGAGUGCACAGGCUGAUGCUAUUAAUUCGUUGAAAUCAUUAUAUUUAAGUGACACAUCGUCUACACACUCUUUUAGUUCUGGAGGCGUUCAAAAUGAUCCAAGUCAUGGACGUUCAUCUCAUUCGUGCGUUUUACAAUCUCCAGAAAAACGCAACAAAAAGAUAGGUUAUAACUAUCCUAAAUGGUAUAAGACUGGGUCGGACAAUAGCCAUUGUAUGAAUUCUGAAGGUGAUGAUGAUAAUGAUGAUGAUGAUGAUGAUGAUGAUGAGGAGGAGGAGGAGGAGGAGGAGGAUGAAGAUGAAGAGCUUGAAUCAAGUAGCCAUGAGUCUAUUCGUGAUGCAUUUUGGGAAUCUAUUCUUAAACUUCCAUCAGAUCGUACACAAGAAGAUAUCGAUUUAUUACUGGGAAAUGUUGAACAAUUACCUGCUUUCUCUAAUCUAACAAAAGCUACAUGUCGUUCCCUAUGCUCAGUCAUGAUGCUAGCCAUUGUUCGUGAAGCUGGUCAAAUCGUAUUGGAUGAUAAUGAAGUAUUGGACACUUGGUCUGUUGUUCUGAAUGGGACUGUCGAGGUUAUUGAACCAGACGAUACAAUUCGGGAAUUAACUCGUGGUGAUGCAUUCGGUGUUCGUCUUGGUAAAACAGAUUGUAUUCAUCAUGGUGUAAUGCGUACAGUCACUGAAGACUGUCACUUUUUAUGUGUACCACAAACCGAUUAUGUAAAGAUUAUGAGUCGUGAAGGAGAAGCUGAAAUACCAGAGAUGGGUGAAGGUGGACGUGUUGUCCUUGUCUAUGAAUCAAUGAAUUUAGACACAACUCUUAACAUCGAUUCGAAUAAAUCAUCCAAUGACUAUAGUUCUGUGUUGUUGAAAAAAUGUCGACUGGUCACAAAGGGCACACCGGAAAAAUUAAUUGAACAUUUAAUUGCUGAUCUGUCUAAUGGAGAUAUAACGUAUCCAGAAGAUUUUCUACUUACAUAUCGUACAUUUUUAGAUUCACCCCGACCAAUAGUUGAUCGUUUAUUAUCAUGGCAUUUGCAUAAUCCAAAGUUACGUACACGUGUUAAUCGUAUAAUUUUAUUAUGGGUUCAUAAUCAUUUUAAUGAUUUUGAAGAUAAUCAUGAGAUGAUGAAGUGCAUUGAAAAAUUUGAUAAUAUGUUAUCAUCCGACGGCACGGCUGGUGAGCGUCGUCUAUUUCGUUUAGCCUGCAGUACCAAAGCUCGUCCACGUCAAGUCGAACUUACGAUUCCGUUGAAAAAUUCAUGUCAUUCAAAUUUAGAUAAUAAAUCGUUCGGAGUUGAUGAUGGUACUGGGUUUUUGUCACCAAAUGUACAACACUUAAACAAUAAUUGUAAUACAAUAAAUUCUCUCAUUGAUCUACCAUUCACAAUGAUUGGUGGCGAAGAUGGUUUUGGCGUGUUUAUACAUCAAGUAUGCAGUUCAGUCUCAAACAAUAAUUCUGAAACAAGCUAUGAUGAGCACACGAACCAAAAAUAUCUCACUAAUCCAUCUUCAUUAUCGUUAUCAUCACCGUGCGAUUCAAGCUAUCCACCAUCAUCAACAGCAUGUGUACUUCCUAAUUUUUCAUUUGUACAUAAUCAAAUACGUCGGGCUGACCAAUUAUUAUCGGUAAAUGGUCGUUCAGUGGAACAUUUAAAACCAUCUGAUGUAAUACAGUUAAUUCAUUCAAUGAUAAACGCAUGUUGUCCAACGGAUAUUAAGACUACAUCAAAUACCAAACUAGUAUCUGGUACCAGUGGAUCAUUGUCUCCGACUGCACAUUAUUCAACCGGUAUAGACAAUGGUACUAUGGUAGAUCAUCCCAAAUCAUCUACAUUAUCGUCAGUCAUCAGUGUUACUUUCAACCUCCGUUUAUUAGUUAUUUUUAACCCAGUUCAGUAUUAUCAAGCUAUUAACUCUUUAAAUACAUCACAUACUGCUCAAACUUCGAUGAAGCCGAUCAAUGAAACAUUAAAUCCUUAUCAAAUUGUUGACGAUGUAAAAAACCACAUGAAGAAAUCUUCACCAUCAUCAAACAUCACAUUGAAUAAUCACAAUGGUAAUAAUGAAAUUUGUCGACUAAAAAUGCAUAGUUUACCAACCAGUAUAAGCAUACCUGAUGAUCUUGUUAAGAAAUCAAAUGACCCCCAACAACAACAGUCUUCUUCAACUGUACUACUACCGAAAAUGCCAACACUAUGCUCCUUUUCUACGGUCAGUACUCUCUCUACUUCUCCAGGUAACAAUUCAGUUGGAAGACAUGGUCGAGACUUUCAACCUUCACAUGUUACGUCGGGUCGUUCUUCUCACAGUGCAAAUACAUCACCGACUCGAUUAUCACAUUCUCAUGAAGAUAGUCAAGUGCUUUCUAAAACAUCAAUAACUGACAGUAGUAAACAGUCAUCCAUUUCCCAGUCACGUUGGUCACAUUCACUUAAAGAUCCUACCACCACCGAUAAUCAAAGUAAUAAUAGCAAUGAUUUAUGUCGACCGUAUGAACACCAUCCAUCCAAUAACAUAUUCAGCAGUAGUUCAAAAACUGCCAACCAUAAUUGCUUCCCACCAACACCACCACUGCAAAGAUCGUCAUCACAGCCUGAUUUAAUAAUGCUGGACAAAUCAUUAAUAUCUGGUAGUAAUGUUGCUGCUACAGUCAGUGACUAUAUUGCCGUUCUUCACCAACGUCCACAUGAUUCAACUAAUAGUGUCAAAUAUUCAGGCUUAAAUUCUGGUAGUAAUAAUAUCAGUCACACGGACCAUUUGUCAGUGAUACGUGUAUGGCGAUCAAGUGAUAAUGGAAAAGACCACUCUAGUAAGCUGAUUAUAUUACCAAGUAGACAGACUAAUGCAUACGAAGCGACACGUUUAUGCAUGGAGGAAUUCAGUAUACCGGUAGAGGAUCAACAUUCCUAUUGCUUAUACCAUGUGACUGUUGAAUCUGGGCCAAUUGUGAAACAAAGUCGCUUGUCUAAUGUACUGGAUGAUUUAUCUGGACGUUUAACUUUAAAUUCAAGAUAUUACUUGAAAAGUUUGCAUAAUCAUGAUCCCCUUAUUCCGGAUGAUGUUGCAAAAUCAAUUCUAGCUGAAAGUCGUGUUACGUUUACGCAGCUUCCACCAAAUGAAUUAGCUGCUCGUUUAACUAUGGAUGAUUAUGAAAUAUUUCGAUCCAUUCAAUCCACUGAAUAUAUUGAUGAAAUAUUUGGACUCAGUAAUGCAUAUGUUAAUAAUAUCUCUUCAUCUGUUAUUGGCAAUAAUAGUAACAGUAGUAAUACUGGAUAUGCAACAGGUCAUGAAAAUUUGGAUCGAUUCACCGAUCUUGUCAACCGUGAAGCGUAUUGGGCUCCUACUGAAAUUUGCAAUGAAACUAACUUGAAUCGACGUGUUGAUUUGUUGAAACGUUUUAUCAAGCUUGCCAAAUUAUGCCGUGAACUGCGCAAUUUUAACACAAUGUUCUGUCUACUAGUUGGGUUACAUCAAACACCUGUUGAACGAUUAAAGCAAACUUGGGAUCGUUUACCAAAUAAAUACCAGAAAAUUUAUCGAGAUUUAAGUAUGGUAUUGGAUACAUCUAGAAAUUUUCAUCAUUAUCGUACUCUCCUAUCAGCUAAUAAUGUAUCAGCUCCAAUGUUACCCUAUCUACCAUUGGUAUUGAAAGAUUUAACAUUUAUCCAUUUAGGUAAUCCUUCUUGUACUCCAGAUGGAUUGAUAAAUUUUGUCAAAUUACGAAUGCUUGCUAAAGAGGUUCGUGCCAUUUGUCGAAUGUGUAAUGUUGAUUAUGAUUUAUGCACUACUCCAUAUCGCGGUCGUGCUGCUGGUGGUGUCGGACGUGCACGUGCUGGUGCCAAUUUAAGCGCGCUUAAAGCAGUCGCUUCCGUUUCAUCCAUCAAUCCGAAAUCGUACUUUUCAAAUCUUACAUCGAUGAAUAACUUCAGUCAAACAAACCAUAAUAAUAAUAAUAAUAAUAAUAAUAAUAAAAUAGUGCUAGUACAGAUUCUAAUUGGUCAGAACACGAUAUGGCUGAAUGAUCAACAACAACGUGAAAGCACACUUAACUUUGAUGCGAAUCCUAUGAAUCGGACUAAUGUUUCGAGUGGUUUUAAUGUUGGACACAAGCGUCUACAUCAACAUGGGAAUCCUACAACUCCUUCCAGUGGAAGUUUCAAUGUGGAAUUGUCCACAGCUAACUCUUCCAUUGUCCCCGGUGGUGGUAUUCGACGGCGAUCAAAUCUCGGUCUAAUUGCUUCAUCAAUUAAUCCAAAAAAGAUUUAUGAAAGUUGGCUGAUAACUUUACGGAUUCGUACGUAUUUCGCUAAUUUAAGAGUUGUCCAAGAUCCGGAAUUGUUGUCUCAAUUAUCCUUACGCAUUGAACCUAGUGGUAAAGAUUCAAAAACUGUCCAACCCGCUGUUGUAUCCUCAGUAGGCAUUGUUGGCAGCACUACUACUACUACUAAUAGUAAUAAUAAUAAUAAUAAUUCUACUAAUGAAGGAAAUGAUUCACAACAGCUAUAUACAUCUAAUCUCCCUUCCUCCAACAAUAAUACAAAAUUAAAAGGUAUAAAGCUGUCUCCCACAAAAACUUCUGCACAGUCUGUUAUAGUCGAAUCAAAUACAAAUAAAAAGUCUCCGCUUAAAGUUAUCAACGUAUCGACAGAACCUCCAUAUGUACCACCAGCAACAGUAGCAGCAUCAAUCACAUCUAAUCCAACAUCUACAAAUCCAACGGAUAUAUUUACCCGACCAUUACUAGGCGCACAAUCUGUUGAAGACGCUCGCAAAUUAUUAGCCCUAAGUGUAGGUAGUAAACGUCUUUCUCAGAGACGUUUGCCUGUGUUUACUUUCCCGAAUUACUUUCAUUACAAUAAUACUCAUAAUGUCGCUCAGUCUUUGUUCAUUACAUCACCAGUUCGACCAUAUGCUGGUAUUGGAUUUGGACACUUGAAAUCGCAACAUUAUGACAAUUCUAAUGUAUCAUCGUCUAUAGGAUCAUCUUAUCAAGCAAAUAAUAAUGCUAUCAUACAAAUGUCAAAUAACAGCACACCGGAAUCAUCAUCUACCUCUAAUGCUACUAUUUCCACAUUUUCUAAUCAUUUACACCAUCAUCAUCAUUAUAGUAAUACUCAGUUUAUAUAUCCACAACCGACUCGAUGUUAUUCCACUCCUACCGGUACAACAGGCAGUAAAAGUCUCCUGUUGGAUAAUCUUAUCCCAAUACCAUCUCGUAUAGCUACUAAUAUGAAUGAUAGUGGGAAUAGUAAUUCUACAUCGAAUCAAAUGUAUGCUAUGCUACCAAAUCAAAGAGAUCCUUCUCAUUUGCAUCAGCAGCAGCAUUCUUUAAUUCAUCACCAACAAACAUCAGCAUCUCCACCUCAUAACCGAGGUCAAGCUACUAUGAAACACCAAUAUUUUAGUCAGGCAACAAAUCAGAAUACAAAUUAUCAAUACCAACAGCAACAAUCAAACCCUCAGUGUCUGUCAAAUUCCAUUGGAUCUCGUCUAACACUGAGUUCUAAUGCUGCUACAGUGCCACAUCCAUCUUAUCGCGGUAUUUCUCUACAGCAACAGAUGACUUACCCACAUCGGUCUACUAAUUUAUCUGGUGGAGCUGCCUAUCCCCCAAAUCCGCAACAACAACAACAGGCAACAAUACAAUCAGGUCGUUCUAGAGAACAAUCAUCAUUGCAACAGCAUCAGCAUUCAAUUUCAUUCAAUUUCGAUGAGAACUAUUUAUAUCCUACUGCAAAUACAUUUCCACUUGGUGGUUCAAUGCUGUCUAUACCUCGUAAUUAUCGACAGUCUGUUAUAAAAAGAAUAAUUCCACAAUUUGGUCAUGUUCCACUGGUACAAACUCACACACAAAUUCAAAAUUCAAAGUCAGAUAAACAAUUGUUUACUGUUAAACAGUUAUCGGAUAAAAAUUCACAAAAUCCCAUAAAUUAUGCCUCAUCUACAACAUCAUCGACAACAGCAACUGCAACGAUUGUGUCUUCAUGUUCAGAAUUCAGUAAUAAUAGUAAUAAUAAUCUGCAAUAUAGACCAUCUGAACGGAAUAAAUCCUCUACAGUGUGUCAGACAUUCCAGCAACGUAUACAAGAACGACCUUCCCCGCCAUCUUAUCAGCAGUUGAGUGUGUUUCUUUUUUUCAUCGUGUAGAAUGCUUGGUUAGGUCAGUCAGUCAGUCAAAGCGUAGAACCUGGUACGUGUUUACAUCGGCUCAAGUUACCAUACUCCAUUAGAAUGGCGAGAUCAAAUUGUCAAGCCAAAUCCCAGAAUAACCGAAGUAGUUACUGUAUCAGUGGUGAUUGAAAACGUUAAACAUCGGAGAUAUGAUUCAAGUAAAUAUAAAUUAUUGAAAUGGAAGCACAAGAAAAGUUAUGAGGAAUUUAGAAGCUCAUAAUUUGGAGGAAGACAAAGAAUGGAUGCACUUGCGCCAUUGCAGAUGAUUUUGAGCCAUGUCACUGAAAUUCUCUAACGAUUGGUUACGAUAAUCAUGCAGACGCCAACCAAGUAGUCUACACUCUAUUGACAUGGUUCAGCCCAGUCGUCGAUAACUUCAUGGACUGGUGCCAUGUUUUGGUCUGGUCGCCUCUAGCUUUCUUCCAGCUUAGUCCUACACAGACGACAUCUCCCAUCGAGAUAGGCGGUGGUUAAUGAAGAUUUACUACCUCACCAAUCGAUUCGCCAUCCCUACCUAGUACCCUAUUCCUGACCCAAGCAUCGCUUACUCUCUGUGCCAAACAUACACGAGCGAUACUUCAAAGACACUAACGAUUGAAUACCAUUAGUAACAAAUAUUCUUUACUCUUAAUAGCCAGGCGUCAACACAGACCAGUCCUAGAGUAACAUUUUGCAUUUGGGGUGAGAGGACCGCAUCCCGAACAUGCUUGGAUUGUUGCUUAAAGUGGCCAGUGUCUUCACCAAACAGAACUGUAUAUCUGUGUAUUCCAAGUCAACAAGCGGAUCUCCUGAUAGAAAAUCAACCUCUGGAAAGCUAG